AUGGACAAGAGUACGUAUGGCCAACUUAGUGCUGGAAACCCUAGCUCUCGUCAUAGUAACAUUUAUAUUCACACUAUCUUGACCGAACUUAAAAGACACCCAAAUCCGGUUUCAUUUAAAGAAAUCGAAGACUUAACUGGGAUAAGUAUAGAAAGAACGGCCGGAUUAUUAGAUUUACUGGAAAAGAAUCAAAAAGUAGUACGUGUAGAUAAGACUUUACAAUUUAUUCCAACUUAUACGAUCAAGCACGAAAGUGAACUUCUUGAUCUUCUUAAAAAGACGAACUCAGCCCACGGUAUCUCUUUAGAUGAAAUUCUAGAAGCCAGUAGUACAACUUUACCCCUAGUUGAAUCUUUAGUCCAGAAAGGCCAAGCUAUUCUCUUACGUGAUAUUGAUGGUUCAGCUACUCUCUUUUACAACUCUUUACCUCUUAAACCUGCCUCACCAGCUGUUAUUAAGCUAUAUGAGGAAGUAUCUGUUCCUGAAUCACGUGAACUAGCCCGUGAGCUUUCUAAUGCCGGUUUAGCUACUAAAGUUAUUGAGAAACCUAUUCGUAAGACUAUGUCCCAGCAAAGGAAGAAGAGAUACGUUCGUAAGAUCAAAAUCACUAAUACUCAUCUUAAUAAUGCCGAAUUAGGUAUGUAA